AUGUCCCUGAGAAGACGAGUCGCUGUGCUUGUCGUGCUAACAACGGGUGGCUCUGCUGUCCUGAUUGGUGGUCUACGUGCAAUUAUUCUGAUUGAGUUCUCAAAAUCACCCGAUUUUACGUAUUCUUUAGGGGAAAUGGUCAUCAUUAGCAGCGCUGAGAUGUCUAUUGGAAUUAUUGCCGCGAACAUGCCUGCUCUGAAAGCUUUCUGGAGCUGCUGGCGACAAAAUACGUUGGGAGUUGGCAAAGCCACUGCUCUCACUGGUAGCAGCAAUGCUGCUGUGGACAACUCAAAGGCGUCGCAUAGAGGUGCAAUCGAAAUGAAUUCGAGCAAAAUGUCGUCCAGAAAUGAUACGAAGCUCAAUAAGAGUUACACCGAUGGUUUACCACCAACGGAGAGUGAGGAACAAUUGUGCGAUCACUGA